GAGAGCGAGCGAGAGAGAGAAAAAUAAAGAAUGGGGAAAAAAGGUUAGAACUGGUGUGUGUGUGUGUGUUGGUAUAUCUGAGUUUGAAAGACAGUGCUGUGUGCAUUGCUCUGUAUAUUUGGGUAUGUGUGCAUUUUGAGGACACUGCAUGCAUCCCUGCACAGCAGAUUUUAGUGUGUUGCGCAAAGUCUAGCCCUCUAGCUCUCACUCCUCUUGUCCAUUACUCCCUUCAAUCCAURGUGCCUGUGCUUGUUAUGACAACACGCUUCCAGCCCUCUCUUUACUGGACUGAUUGCGCCAUUGUUUAUUUGGGGAACACUAUGGAAUACUAUUCUCAUGCUGUCAGUUUUAUGUGUUGAUGUCGUGCUUGCAUGCCUGCUUUACUGGAAGGCGCCGACACAUUGAUCAUGUGACCAUGAUAAUCCGGGAUUGAUAGUAUCAGGCGUUGGUCAUUUCUGGUGCUUUUUCACACAUUUGAUUUGCACGUAUGUGGUGUGAAAUGACGGACUUCUCCUUUAAACAGGCCUGUGUUUUUUAUCUACUGGUAGAGAUUUACUCAGAUGGCGUCUAUAUCAGCGUAUUGCACUGCAGCUCCUUACAAAUCAAAGUUAGACAGCCAGCAAAUUAUUCAAUACUCUGGAGUCAGGGUCUAUUUGUGAAGAGCACAAUCAACUCUUACUCUACCUCUCGUCAUCACUGUUCGUUGUGUCUCUAUAUCCCAUCGCAGUUUGGCUAUUUCUUUGUCUUUCAUACUGUUGUAUCCUUUCUGAUUGGCUAUUCCUGUGUCUUUUCAUGGAUUGUCCAGGAAGCUACUGCUCUUCUGUUGACAUUGUCUGUUCACACUAGUUGUUUAUCUGUGUUCACCUCAUUCUCUUUGUCUCUCUUGGGGAUCGAUCCUCUUUAUUCCUAUGUGUUGUUACGGUCUUUGUUCCUGUCUUUCUUUCUGUCAGUGUUUUCUUGUUUUUCUUUCUAGAGCUAAUGCUAUUCUUAUAUGUCCAUGUUCUCUCUCUCUUUCUCUCUCUUUCUCUCCAUAUCUGACACACUGUCCUAUUUCCCUGUCUUGUUUCUGUCUGUUUGUUUGUCCACCUCUGUUUUGCUUUUCAUUCUCUUGUCUGUGUAAACCCUCUAUUCAGUCACUGGAGAGCAAUCACUUACUGCCAGUCUCUCUAUCCCUGUGUGUGUGUGUGUGUGUGCUUGCGAGUGCACAUCAUGGCAGAUAGCAGGUGUGUGUUGGUGGUCCUGUGGAUGAGCAUGGAGUGUGUGUGUCUGAGGCAGGUGCUGGGCACCACUGUCCUGCUGCUAAACACCUUGGCCUGGGCAUGGACAGGUGCCAUCGAACAUGCGCCCAAAAUUGAUGGACGUCAUCGAGCUGCACUAACACUGAAAGAGAAUGUCACCCACAAGUUCAACUGCCAAUCAGAGGGUUGGAAUCCUCAUGCCCCGCCCCUGCUGACGUGGUACCUCAACGGGGAGCGACAGAGACCGCCGUCGGACAAACGGGCACCUGGGCGCCUGGUGGUGACAUCACGGGAGGAGUCUGGGCUCCUGACACCGGACUCCAAGCACAACAGCACCUUCUCUCUGAGAGCCAGGAAGUGGGAUAGAGAGCUAGUAUGUGCCGCCUCCAGCCCUCACAGUGGAGAGAGCUACAACGCCACCGUCACCCUCAAUGUGCAGUUCCAGCCAGAGAUUCUGCGUGUGAACGCUCACUACACUGAGACCUCAGACCCUGGCCUCUCCCUGGUCCUCUUUGCCUUGGUACGGUCAAACCCCCCUGCCCACAUCACCUGGUUGGACCAGUCCGGUCAGCUGGUGGCCAACACUUCGGACUUCCUCAUCCUGGACUCGCGGAGCUACCCCUGGCUGACCAAUCACACACUGCAGGUCGCCCCGAGCAGCCUAUCAGGGAACGUCUCCGUAAACGCCAGCAACAGUGUCGGUGCAGCUCAGAGCAACCUAGCUCUGGCAGGUCUGACAGAGUUCCUCCAGUCCAGGGUGGAGGUGCCGGUGCUGGGCAUCCUGACAGGGGGCGCUGUGGGCUUCGUUACCUUCCUCAUCCUCAGCCUUCUGGUGCUCUGCCUUCUGCACAAGAACAAGGGCAAGGCCAUCAUCGAUGAGCCAGUCGAGAUUAUAAUGGCGAAAAAAUGUAUGGAAUCACCUAGUGUGAAGGUAGACAAGAUAUCCCUACCCAGAGAGAACAUGUCUCUGCCUUCCAACAUGCAACUCAACGACCUCAGCACCCUGCUUAAAGCACGAGAGACCGCCAAACACCACCUUGGGGAGAAGAUGGAAGAGGAGGAUCUGUCUGCUGCCUACGCUGCCAGGGGCUUCGCCCUGUACCCCAUGGUGGGCUACAUCUAUAAGGUGAACAGCAAGAGCAGCGAUGAGAUCUGGCUCUGACUACUACGCCCCAGUUCCACCACUGGGUGGUCAAACCACAGUGCAACCGGCCAAAAGGAACCUGUGAACGACUGCCAGUCAGCCAAUCAGCCGAUCCCAUCUUCAAAAAGGACCAAUAGAGAUGCUGAGAGGAUUACAGGCGUAGCAGCUAGAGGAGCCUGUUAGGAAGAUACUGUAGUUAGCGAUCUCACUCUGAGGUUGUCCAGAUGAACCUAUUACAGCAGGUAAUCACAUUCCAACUUGAUUCAGUGAAAAUCAGAAACUCAGAAUAUCAGGUCCUAUGUUGAUUGGUUCGUGUCUUUCAAGCUGACAGGUAUAAAUCUGUAGCCUGGUCCUAUAUCUGUUUGUGCUGUCUGUCUGUUUGGUGUGACAAUAUGUCACAAACCGAUCUGGGAUCAGGCUAAUAACUCUGACUGCCAUGGACUGAGUUAUCAAAGGGUGCAGUUGUGGUAUCAAGUUAAUACAUUUAGAUGGCUCUAAACACCUAAACCGAUACUCAGUGUGGGAAGUAUACUGUACCUGUGUUUUACAUGGUUUACACUGAUUGACACCUACCACUCCUCCAUAUACUACAGUCUGUUGAUCACAACUCCUGUUGGAUUACAGAAUGCUUUAUGUUCUUUGUAUAUCAUAAGAAUGUCCAAGACAAUGUAUGUGAACUGACAUAUUUAUAUGGCUAUAUACAUAAACAAAAGAUAUUCAUCUACAAGUAUAAAAUAUGUGUAUAUGUAUAUUUGUAUUCAUAUGUAUAUGUGUAUAAAAUAAAUCUAAUAAAGAUUAAUAUGA